ACCGAAAAAAACUGAACUCGGCGUUCAAAGCAAUCAGCCAAGCACCGUUGCUGAAUUCAUAGUUUUGUGUGUGUGUCUAUAUAUAUAUAUAUAUAUAUUUCUUUCUACUAACAUAACAUAGUUUUCCGAUUUCAUAAGUACUGUGAAAAAACAAUUCUUGUGCUGAUUAUAGGAUUUAUUUAUUCAACAUGCCUGAAGAUUCUUGUACUGACUAUCCUCUCUUUGGUGGUGCUAUUUCCACUACUUUCCCUAGACGUUUCCAGGAUGUUCGUAAUGUGCGUCAAGUUCCUGAUCAUCAGGAGGUGUUUGUGGACCCUGUGCGCGAUGAAAGUUUGAUAAUUGAGCUUCUGGAUCUGAAGGUGGAUGUAGCAGACAGUGGAAGUGCCACCUGGUUUCUUCAAGACCUUGCCAAUGAACCAGAUGCUGAGGGAACUACAAUCACUGAGCAGUCAGCAGUGUUUGAGGCUCCUGGAUUGCACUAUAGUAACAUGCCUGCUGUCAUCACCACUUCUGUUGGUCAAAUGGGAUGGUCGAGUUUUUUUAAUUGUUAAAAUGGCAGUUUCCAAGGGAAGACACGGGAGGGAAGCAUAGAACUUAGUUAAGGUGUACCUGGCAAACCUUCGCCUUAAGGAAGUUGGGACAGAUGUUCUGAUAACUGCAUACGAGCCUCUAGUAAUCAACCCCUUGAGCGAGAGUGCUAGCACAGUCGGGGCAGGCACGGCUGUACCUGCUGCACAAUCUGGAGUAAUGCAGAUGGCUGAGGUUUUUAAACUUGCAGUCUCUAGUUUCAAAGUGCAUGACUGGAGUCUAUUUGGCUCUUCUGCUGCUUGAGCAGUACACUGAUUAGAGAACGACGAUGAUCAUCUGGUAUCCCUUGGCUGAUUAUUUGUCCAUUUUUUAAGAGUCUGAUCUGUUUUUUUUUUUUUUUUUUUUCCUGUAUCUGAUUAGUUGCUUAGAUGGUUCCUGUUUUAGUGCACUGAGGGAUGUAGAAAUUGGUUUGUUGCAGAAUUUCUAGUUUUCAACUUUUUUUCUGUAUUUGAGUAUAAUAUAAUGCAGUAUCUUUGCUUUCCUUGGAUAAAAACAGUAGCCAAGGGCACCA